GGGUUUUUUAUUGUCAAAGUCAAACUAAAUAAAAUAUUCUUUUUUUUAAUCAUUUAUAAUAAAAUAAUUUUUGGGUAAAAGCAUGACUGUUAAACACGAAGAUUUAAGAUAUGCACAUGAUGAAGGUCACACUGAUGUUUGUUUUUCCGAAGACGGAAGUAAAUUUGUGACUUGCGGGGCUGAUGGAGAAAUAAGAAUAUGGUCUACAGACGAAGAAGAUCCUAUUCACAAUUGCGUAGGAGAAUGGGCUCUAUCGGUUGGACAAAAAGGAGAUAAUGUAUAUGUUUCAACUAAUAAUAAUGAUAUUCAAAUAUUAUCGUUAGCUGACGGUGAUAGAGCUGGCGUUUUAGAUAGAUUUGUAGCACCAAUAAAUCACAUCGCGGUAGAUCGACAUAGUAAAUUAUUAGCACUUGCUGGUGAAGAUAUGGAAAUUAAAUUGGUGAAUUUAGAAAAAUCGAAUAAAGAAGUGACUGUAAUUGAAGGAAUGUCGGGUCCGUGUUUGAGCGUUUCUGUUACAUCUGCGUCUAAAAUGUUAGCGGCUUCAUGUGGUGAUACUAAAUUAAGAAUAUGGAAUAUAGAAAGUAAAGUUUUGUUAAAAGAAAUCACUUGUUUUCCUAAGGUCAACAGUUUUUCAAAUGCAAAGUUAUUAUGUCGAAUUGAUUUUGAACCUAAACAAGGAAAAUAUCUUGCUUACCCUGAAAAGAACAGCGUUAUUAUUUUACAAGUGUCAGAUUGGUCCACAAAUGUUACUUUAACAUGUAAAGAAGUUUCUUCAGAUUAUUCCAUUGUUCAAUUUUCGCCUUGCGGGGGAUACAUUUUAGCCACUACAUUAGAAGGGGAUUUUGUGAUUUGGAAUGUUUCUACAGGAGAAGUAUCCUGCGUUAGCAAACAUGAGAAAUCAGUAGCUGUUUGUGGUUUAAUGUGGAAUCCCAUAGGAAACGGACAAAUCGUUUACACUGACGUCGAGGGUCAAUUAGGAAUAAUGACUUGGUCUAUUAUAAAUCAAAAUAAAGAAAUUUCUAAUAAAAGUCAAGAUGUUAUUAUUACAAAUGAAUUAAAUUUUGAUAACAUACCAUUCGAAGAAGUCGACGAUGAUGAUGAUGAUGAUGAAAAUACUUUUUCUGUUAAUAAAUUAAAAAAGCAGUACAUGAAUGAUAUAGAUGAAGAUUCCAAGCAAUCUGUGGCUGGUUCUUCCAGGGUACCUACACCAAGACCGCGUACUCCAGAAAUACCAUUACAACCACCUUUUAUGCCAUCUUCGACUCCCGAGCAUCUAGAUCCAAGAUAUAUGUGUUGGAAUGACGUGGGGGUUAUUAGAUGUUAUGGAAAUAAUUCUGACGAAACUUCCGUUAAAUCUAUAGAAGUUGAAUUUCAUGAUUCGAGUUUCCACAACAGCAUGAUGAUGCAAAAUUAUCAGGAUUAUACGAUGGGGUCACUAAGUAGAAGCGCACUGCUGGUGGCAAAUUCUAGUCAAAUUCACGUUGUGCCUUUGAUAGCCAGCUCCAAAGAAUGGAUGUUAAAAGUCGAAGAAACCGAAGAAAUAAUUUCGGUAACCGCCUCCGAAAAUUUAAUAGGUUUCGCAAUGGGUAAUUACAUAAUAAGGGUAGCGUCAGUUUACGGUACUCAAAGGGCGGUACUAUCCAUACCGGGACCUGUAAUUUCUAUGGCAGCUUUCAAAGAUUUACUCAUGAUUGCUCACCAUACGUCGGGAGUAAGAAAAGGGGAUCAAUGUAUCAACGUGAGGUUGAUUAAAUUCGAAGGUCAAUCUAUACAGUGUAGGGAUAUCGGUGGGGCUCUGGGUCCCGAUUCGACGUUAACUUGGUUGGGAUUUUCGGAUAUAGGUACCCCUGCGAUGAUGGAUUCUUCCGGAAUGUUAUCGAUGUAUCCGCACAACACCAAUACUUGGAUACCAUUUUGUGAUACGACUAAACAUAGAAAAUGUCCCGGCGAUGGUUUUUUCGUAACUACGAUAUUCGAAUCGAAUCAAACGGUCGGGGGUAUCAAGUGCAGGGGUACCGUGUAUCCCGGUUUUACCCCGCGACCGACGAUGUGUGAAAUACCGAUCGAACCGCCAUUCGCCGAAACAACUAACGAUAAAACCAAAAUGGAAAUGAAUUUGUUCACUUGGUCGAUGUUACAAAUUCCCGAUAUCGAUAAAAAAUUCAAAGAGACCGCCGUUAAAACUUUCGCCUUGGCUUGCAAGAAUAAUUUAGAUGAAAGGGCGUUAGAAUUGAUGGAAAUCGUAUUGAACCCCCAAAUAAUAUCGUUAGCGUUAAAAUACGCCUCAAAAUUAGAUAAAAAAAGACUAGCGGAAAAAUUAACGAAUCUACUAACGAAAAUUACGCGAGAAUCCGAAAAUAGCAAAGAAACAUUACAGGAUACAGAAAAAGAGGAAACUACUUCCCGAAAACCGACUAAUAUAAAAUUAAAUCUAAAACGCACACCGAAAUUGAAACGGGAAACGUUUAAAGAAGUUCCGGCUACCCCAGAUGUAACGGAAACUACCCUAAACACAGAAAUUUCCACCCCAAAUUCAUUCAACGACACUACCAUAGAUACCGAGCAAAUGGAAAGAGAAGAUGUAAAUCCGUUUUUGAAACGUCUCCAGAAACCGAAAUUCGAUAAAACGAUCAAUCCCCUCAGUUUAACCGAUAAAUUUGCCGGGGUUACGUACGAAAAUGAAACCAAGGAGGUUAAUAAAAAAUUUCCGGAGGUAGGAGAAAAGAGGAAAUUCCAAAACGCAGACUGCGAUAAACCGAAAGAGAAACAGAGGAAAUUGGAUAUGUUUAAAUUUAAAAAAAAUUCUUAAUUUUAAGGGGUACGGUUUAAUCAAUUUUCAAUUAUACAGAUACUUUUCGGAUAA